AUGGCUCUAGACAACGACACGGCAACCCCCUUUUCGAAGGAGGGCAUUUACGCGGACACUGCCAACGAUGGCAAAACGCACGACUCAGACCUCGGCCGACUCGAAAGCAAUACCUACGGCGAGACUCAUCUCGUCGCCCAGGGUGGCACGAAGCGAAAUGUCAAGUCGCGACACGCCCAGAUGAUUGCCAUUGGUGGCAGCAUUGGAACUGGUCUCUUCGUAGGAUCCGGCCAGGUCCUGGCUGCUGGCGGACCGGCGUUUCUCUUCCUAGCCUAUGCCCUCACUUCUCUCCUCGUCUACGGCAUAGUCACGGCUGUGAUGGAAGUAGGCACAUUCCUCCCCAUCUCGGGUAGUUCCAUGUCGUACUACUGCAACCGCUACACUUCUCGAUCCCUUGGAUUCGCUCUUGGUUGGCUCUAUGUGUAUUCUUUUGGCAUCAUUCUCGCCUACGAAAUCACAGUUGGUUCAGUCAUCAUCAACUACUGGCCAAACAACGUCCACAAUGCUGUCUGGCUGACGAUCCUCCUUGUUGUCGUCGUCGGACUCAACCUAUCACCAGUUGCUGUUUACGCAGAGACCGAAUUCUGGUUUGCAAGUCUGAAGAUCAUUCUCUUCAUCGGUCUUCUGCUUCUCUCAGUGGUUCUGAUCCUUGGUGGAGGGCCGAGCGGAGAACGGCUGGGUUUCUACUACUGGGUUGACCCAGGUGCGACCAAGGAGUACAUCAUCACAGGCUCUGGUGGUCGCUUUACUGCCUUCCUUUAUGGUUGGGUGUUUUCCGGCUUCUCGUUCUACUUCAGCCCAGAGCUUAUCAUCGUCAUGGGCGGCGAGAUGCGAAACCCGCGCAAGAACCUGCCCAUUGCCAGCCGACGGUUCUUCUACAGACUCAUCAUUUUCUACCUCCUCGGCUCGUUGGCGAUUGGAGCCAUCUGCAACUCCAACUCCGAGGGCCUUGUGUCCGGUGCUGGUAAUGCUAAUGCGUCACCUUGGGUUAUUGCAAUCCGCAACGCCGGGAUCAAUGGUUUACCCACAGUCGUCAACGCCGGUAUUCUCACGAGCGCCUGGAGUGCUGGAAACUCAUACCUUUACAUGGCCAGUAGAUCCCUGUACUCUCUUGCAGUUGCCGGCAACGCACCCAAAAUCUUUACACGCUGCAACAGCUACGGUCUUCCCAUUUACGCCGUCCUUGCAUCGAGUUGCUUCACUCUUCUCGCGUAUCUGAGCGUCUCCUCAGAUGCUGGCGUGGUCUUCAACUGGUUCGUUAGUCUGACAAACACCGCUGGAUACACCUCUUGGGUGCUGUGCGCAUUCAUUUUCCUUCGUUUCCGCAAGGCCUGCCAAGCGCAGGGCGUCAAGGUCCCUUACCAGUCCUGGUGUCAGCCCUACGGAGCGUGGAUCUCCAUGAUUGCAUUCGGCUUCCUCCUCUUCGCCAAUGGAUUCACGGUGUUCUACCCCGGAAGAUUCUCUGCAUCUAGCUUCUUGACUGCGUAUAUUGGCAUUCCGCUUUUCCUGGUUACAUACUUUGGACACAAGCUCACGGUUGGAAGAAAGGAUCCCUGGCUGUAUGCUCCUGAAGAUGUUGACUUGUCUACCAAUUUGCGGGAGGUAGAAGCAGAGGCGGAAAUGUGGACGGCCAUGGAUGAGGCUGAGAAGGAGAAGCAAGGCAAUUCAAACGCGUGGUGGCGCAAGAUUUCUCUGAUUUGGCAAUGA